ACAGUUCAUCCUCCGAACCAAGCAAUCUCCUGAUCCCUCAUAAAAUCUCCCAACCGUGGCUUCCAAUAUUCUACGACGCUUGUUCCCGGCUCGGACACGAAGACCCGCCCCAAUCAUCCCAUUGACCCGGCUGGAAAUGAACCUUUUCCGGUUCUGCUCCGGUCUGAAAGUCCUCGGCUACUUUAUGAUCCUUCUCGUCUUCGCCGUCGUCGCCGUUUCUUACUACGCCGUUGUGGUUAACACAUGGUGGCCGGUCUUAAUCGAAAGCAGCGACAGAGCUCUCUCAGCUCUCGCCUGCUUAAUCAUCUCUCUCUUUCAUUUCUUGCUGGUAAUGCUGUUGUGGAGCUAUUUCACUGUGGUUUUUACGGAUCCAGGUUCUGUUCCUGAGCAUUUUAGAAGAGAGCUUGGGGGUGACAGUUUGGAGGCUGGUACUUCGACAGAUCAAGGAGCUUUUGGUUCUUUAGGUUACUGUCCGAAAUGCCGGAAUGUUAAGCCGCCUCGUUGCCAUCACUGUUCUGUGUGUCAACGAUGUGUUCUGAAGAUGGAUCAUCACUGUGUUUGGAUUGUGAACUGUGUUGGAGCGCGCAAUUACAAGUUUUUCCUUCUCUUUCUGUUUUAUACUUUUCUGGAGACAAUGUUGGAUGUUGUGGUCUUGCUUCCUAGUUUCAUCAAGUUCUUCAGCCAAGCUAUAAAGCAUUCCUCUUCUCCCGGUAGACUGGGCUCCCUCGUUCUGGCUUUCGUUCUUAACGUAGCAUUCGUUCUCAGCCUUCUAUGUUUCGUAGUCAUGCAUAUCUCACUUCUCUCAACCAACACUACUUCAGUAGAGGUUCAUGAGAAGAACGGAGAUGUCAGAUGGAAAUAUGAUUUGGGAAAGAAGAAAAACUUCGAGCAGGUUUUUGGGAAGAAGAAAGCAUUUUGGCUCCUCCCAUUGUAUUCUAAAGAUGAUCUCCAUAACAUAACUUCGCUCCAAGGCCUUGAGUUUCCAACUCGUUCUGACAUCGAUCCUUGAUUGAAACAACAAUCAAACAUAGUCUUAAAGUUCUCAUAUUUUCUCUCCAAAAUGUAGAUUCUCAAAAUGUAUUUAUAUUGUUGUGAUAAUCAGAAGCAUGGAUUCGAAUCAUUUGUAAGUUUAUUUUUCUUCAAGUGAUGAACAAGUUAUACAUUG